AUGUGCCGCCUCCUUACAGUGACAUGCCAGCGGCAGACGCCAUACGGAGACAUAAUCUCAGACCACAUGCUCACGUUUAGCGACCUGAAAAUUGCAUGCGAGCAGCCGGGUUCGGGAGACUGCAAAGCUGGCCUGAGCAAGAUGAAAGGCUUUCAAAACCCGCCGACUCAGUGUGCAGGCAUCCGAGCAGGAAUGCACCCAGAAACCGAGACGUGUGAGGAGGUGUGUGCGAAAGCACUGAGGAGAUACGGACUCGCGCUCUGGCGUGUGAACAAUGGUGGACUGGGUCGAGCGAGCUGGAAAGCGUGGCUGAGAGGCCGGCUCGCGGGCACAGAGAAGGAGGCCAAAGGACGCCCGCCCCUGACCAGAUUGGGCGGUGAAACCCCCAAGGCACAGCCUCUACCACCACUACCUUCGUCGCUGGCGCUGUGUCCCAACCCAUCCUCGCAACUCAUCCUCGUUCCUCGUCACGGCUUCAGUUCGACCUCGCGGCGACCCGCCCAGCAGCUCUUCGCGCGCCGCAGUUAUCUUCCCCAGCCACCACCGUACUUCCGCACAUUCGAGGACAAUCGCACCACCCACAGCCUCACCAUGCCGCGCUUCAUCGUGCCCUGCCAGGUCCCAGGCAGCGCGGCAUGCAAGGCCGGACAGGGUCGCUCUGUCAAAUUCCAGAAUCCGACCACCGAGUGCGCCGGAGUCAACGAGGGAUUUCACCCGGCCGAAAAGGAAGCCCAGAAGCUAUGCGAGGCGGCUCUCGAAAAAUACGGCGCCGAAGUCUACAGAGCCAACAGCAAGGACUUCAACCGCGUCAAGAAGACCGCCCCGGGCUGGUUCUUUGGCUGGUUCUGA